AUGAGAGGAAAACCAGCUUCAGGAAAAACCAUUUUCUUUCUAUGCAUUGCAUGCUUUCUUACCGGGACCCUCUUCAGUGGCCAGAUAUGGACACGACCCUCGAACCAUGAAAAUGCAUUACUGCCAGCCAGACGCGACUGUGAUCAUAAGCGAAAACUGAUUGAAAGCAGACCCGGUGAUGUAAUGGAGGAAGUCUCUAAGACCCAUCAAGCUAUAAAGAGUCUUGAUAAGGCAGUUUCAUCAUUGGAAAUGGAACUGACAGCAACUCGGACAAGCCAAACUGGUGGGCAGCACUUGCGGCAACAUGCUUCUAACCACAGCAUACAGAAAGCUUUUGUGGUGAUUGGUAUUAACACAGCCUUCAGCAGCAAAAAGCGAAGAGACUCGAUACGUGAAACGUGGUUGCCUAAAGGAAAUCAGCUAAAGGAGCUAGAGAAAGAGAAAGGCAUUGUCGUAAGGUUCAUGAUCGGGCACAGCGCUACACCAGGAGGCAUUCUUGAUAGAGCAAUUGAUGCAGAAGAGGCAGAACACAAGGACUUCCUCAGGUUAGACCACGUUGAGGGAUACCAUGAGCUAUCCACAAAGACUCGUCUCUUCUUCUCCACCGUUAUUUCUAUGUGGGAUGCCCAUUUCUAUGUCAAGGUAGACGAUGACGUCCAUUUAAAUCUAGGUAUGCUAGUGAGUACACUUGCCAAGUACCGAUCAAGACCCCGGGUUUAUAUUGGUUGCAUGAAAUCUGGCCCAGUUUUAUAUCAAAAAGGCGUAAAGUAUCACGAGGCUGAGCACUGGAAGUUUGGAGAAGAAGGAAACAAAUAUUUUAGGCAUGCCACAGGCCAAAUAUAUGCCAUCUCCAAGGAUCUUGCUUCCUAUAUAUCUAUCAACUGGCCCAUUUUGCACCGAUAUGCGAACGAAGACGUGUCUUUGGGCUCAUGGUUAUUGGGCCUAGAAGUUGAACAUGUCGAUGAGCGCUCAAUGUGUUGCGGAACUCCUCCUGACUGUGAUUGGAAAGCAAGGACAGGAAACGUGUGCGUGGCAUCUUUUGAUUGGUCAUGCAGUGGUAUCUGUAAAUCGGUGGAGAGAAUGAAGGAUAUACACAAAGCUUGCGGGGAGGGAGAUGGAGCUGUUUGGAACGUUGACCUCUAA